AUGGAGAACGGAAGCGUCAGCCAGGGCGAGGGCAAGGACCCUUCGAGCUUCCUCAGCGACAUUAUUGGUAACCCCGUCACCGUCAAGCUCAACUCGGGUGUCGUCUAUAAGGGAGAGCUCCAGUCUGUGGAUGGAUACAUGAACAUCGCUCUGGAGAAGACGACGGAGUACGUCAACGGUGCUAAGCGAAGGGAGUACGGCGACGCCUUCGUGCGAGGAAAUAACGUCAUGUAUAUUUCUGCAGACUCAUAG